AUGCCCGAGGAAGGUCGCAAGCGCUCGCGCUUCGAUCAAACCGAGCCCGAACCCAAGCGCCAGUCCCGCUUCGACCGCCGCUCGCGAUCGCCCUCCUCACGCCAGAGCGAGGCUCGCCGUAGCCGCAGCCCGCUGAGCCGCCAGGACAGCAACAGCCCUGCCACCGCGGAAAGAAAAGAUCCCGCUGCCGCCGCCGCAGCAGCUGCUGCGAAGAUCAACGCCCAAAUCCAGGCCAGAAAGGGCAUCCAACACGUCGAUGUCCCGCCGAUCCGCUCUACCGCCAGCCCCGCUACCGUGAAGUCCCCCUCUGCGGGCCCCAGUGGCAGUGGCACCUCGGGCGAGGUCUACCAACAAGAUGGCGACUACAUCAAGGAUAUCGAAGUCAACGAUCUCAGGAACCGUUACACGCUCACUAAGGGCUCUACUCAGAAGAUGAUCAAAGAAGAGACUGGCGCCGAUGUCACAACCCGCGGCGAGUAUUAUCCCGAUAAGAGUCUGGCCCGGCCCGGUGCGCCCCCGCUCUACCUCCAUGUCACGAGUACUACCAAGGAGGGCCUCGAGAAGGCCGUGGCCAAAAUCGAUGAACUCAUGAAGCAGGAAUUGCCCAACCUUGUUGACGAGAGGCGUUUCCGCCGCAGAGAGCCUGAACAGGUCGAGCGUGAUGAGUAUGGAAGGCGUAAAUGGCCUGAGGAAAAGAUUCCCGUCGACCUCGAGCCCAUCCCUGGUUUCAACCUCCGUGCUCAAGUUGUCGGCCAUGGCGGUGCCUAUGUCAAACACAUCCAGCAGGAAACUCGCUGUCGUGUCCAGAUCAAGGGCCGUGGCUCUGGCUUCAUCGAGCACAACACUGGCCAGGAAAGCGACGAGCCCAUGUAUCUCCAUGUUGCCGGCCCAAAUGCCGACGAUGUGCAGAAGGCCAAGGAGCUCUGUGAAGACCUUCUUGCCAAUGUACGCCAGCAGUAUGAACAGUUCAAGGAGCGCGGCCCGAGUCGCCGCGGAUACGGCGAUGGUGACCGUUACUCGGGCGGCGGCAGGAACGGUGGACGUUCUGACAGCUAUGGCGGCGGCUAUGGCGGCAACAGCAGCUAUGGCGGCGGAAGUAGUUAUGGCAACCAACAGUCUCCCGGCUACGGUUCAGCCAUGAGCCCCACUUCGCAGACCACGCCUGCUACCCCCGCGACGGCUGCCAGCGAUCCCUACGCUGCCUAUGCUCAGUACUAUGCUGCUGGUGGAGAUCCCUAUGCUGCAUAUGGUGGUUACCAGAACUACGUCAACAUGUAUUAUCAGUACGCUCAGCAGCAGCAACAGCAACAAGGCGCCCCUCCGGGCUCUGAGGCCCCGCCCCCGCCGCCUGGUUCGGCUCCUCCGCCACCGCCCGGUGACGCUCCACCUCCACCUCCGCCCUCGGGUUCGCCUCCGGGUGGCUACAGCGCGGUCCCGCCGCCCCCGGGCUUGUAA